AUGGCGAUGCAAAAUGGGAUAAUCACAGUCCCAGUAUUUCUAUUUGCAGUACUCAUGUUACUGGGCACUUCAUUUUGUUUGCAAUAUAUUGUUGGAGAUUCAAUUUGGUCCAUUCCUCUCACAAAUAACUUUUACAGCAACUGGUCUUCUUCUUACACUUUUCGGACUGGAGAUGCUCUCUAUUUCGACUUUGAUUCACCAUUUUACAAUGUGAUUGAAGUUUCGAGAGGAGAAUGGGAGAGUUGCACUGCAAAUCAACCCUAUAAGGCAUUCAUGGAGGGCCCAGCAACUGUUCCUCUUAUGCAGAAAGGGGUGUUCUAUUUCAUAUGCAAUGUCUCAAAUUACUGUGCAUUAGGCCUAAAGUUUAGUGUAACUGUUGAAGAGAAACCCUAG